AAUUAACCAAUUCUUCUUUCUAGUGCUUCAUUAGUUAACAUCAUCAAUCACUAGCUAGCAGUCGUAUCAGUACGCUCUUUCCUAAUCUAUCACCUUGUAGCCAAUAAAAUUGUAGCCUUAUUAAUCUUUGGAUUAAUGUUACUAAUUACGUUAUAUUUAGGUUAAUAAAUAAUAAAAAAUUUAAAAAAAUAUAUAGAAUAAUCAUGCAUGCUAUAGCUAAACACCCGCAGUUUUCUAAAGGCUCGAAUUUAGAUUAUCUAUUUUGUAGGAUAUAGCUCACCCGUCAAAGACUUAAAUUCCCAAAAUAUCAGCUUCACCUCCCAUUCCUCUCUCCGACUCUGUGUGUUUGUGUAUGGUACCUGUUGCAUUCACUUCUUCUUUCUUCGAUUUUUCGGUAUCUUUCUUUCGUUCUUCCUUUCUUUUUCUUCUUCCUCUUCCUUGUGGUGCCCAGCCCAGAUGGGCUUGGAGAUAAAUACGUUGGUUACAGAUAUCGAACAGGCCAUAGACAAUGUGAGUUUGGUGUGCCAAGCUCCCCACGGCAGCAUUGUUUCCGGUGGACUAGGGCGCUAUCACAACCCUCUCAGAUCCUCUACGUCUCUUUUUCUGCUGCAGUUAUCUGCCAUUGCCAUUGUUUCCCAGUUGAUCAAUCUCUGCCUCAAACCCAUGGGACAGUCCACCAUCGUUUCUCAGAUGUUUGGUGGUGUAAUAUUUGGGCCAUCACUUCUGGGGCACAGAAAGGAAAUUGCAAACACCAUCUUCCCGAUAAAAGGCGCUAAUGUGUUUGAAACGAUUUCAACAUUCGGCCUCAUGUUCUUCCUUUUUUCAAUAGGAGUGAAGAUGAAUGCAGGCAGAAUGAUAAGGCCUGAACGAAGAGUGGUUGCCAUUGCACUUUCAAUGUUCUUCUUCACCUUGGCACUCCCCUUAUGCCUAGCCAUGACAAUGAGAGAAUAUGUCGCAAUGGACGAGACCCUUAAGACAGCUCUCCCAACUAUAACUGCAGCACAGGCUGUAACGGGUUCCCCUGUGAUUGGUUGUUUACUAACCGAGCUCAAGCUAAUGAACACAGACCUUGGCCGCCUGGCCCUCUCUGUAACAAUGUUUGCCGAUGUUAUUGGCAUCAGCAUGGUUGGGAUUGCCAUGGCAAUUUUGGGUAACAAGACAAAAAGUGCGUUAGUUCCAGUUUUGGAAAUAAUAACAGCAGCAGUUUUUAUUCUUUCGAUUAUAUAUGUGUUCAGGCCAACAAUUCUAUGGAUGCUAAACCGUAUAGAGGAAGGGAAAUCUGUCAAGGAGUCAUAUAUCAUUACCAUUUUCCUGUUUGUUCUUGUGUGCGGAUUUCUCAGUGAGCUCGUCAGCCAGCAUUACCUGCUGGGACCUCUAGUGCUUGGUUUCGUCGUGCCUGAAGGGCCGCCUUUGGGAUCUGCAUUGGUGAUGAAGUUGGAAAUUAUGGCUACAGGAUUGUUCUACCCAAGUUACCUUGCCAAUAGCGGGCUGAGGACGAACAUCUUCAGGAUUAAUCCUCGGUCUACGUGGAUUAUGGGGUUUCUUGUUCUCUUUUCUGCCCUGGUGAAGAUAGGAGCAGUAAUGUUACCAGCCGCCUAUUUUGAUGUCCCUACGCAUGAAGCUUUUGUGCUCGGCAUUAUCCUUAAUGCAAAGGGCAUCACUGAGCUUGUUAUGUUCAAUAUCUGGAAGCAAGGCAAGAUUCUGACUGAUCAAGAAUUCGCGCUGUCCGUGUUCUCAGUGAUAGUGAUGACAGCAAUUGUAACACCUUUGAUAAAGUUUCUUUAUGAUCCUUCGAACAAAUACACAGCACUUAAAAGAAGUACUAUCCAGCAUUUGAAGCGCGAGUCAGAGCUCCAAAUCCUGGCCUGUAUCGACAACCACGACAAUGUUCCCACUGUCAUAAACGUCCUGGAGGUAUCAAAUGCCACAGAAGAGAACCCUGUUGCAGUCAUAGGACUCAUCCUCACCGAGCUUGUGGGGCGAACCAACCCUAUUCUUGUGGCACACCAACCGCAUGACAACUUGGACAACAAUACAGCCAUGUCCAGCCAUAUUGUCAAAGCACUGAGGCAGUACGAGCAGCAUAACGAAGGGUGCGUAUCCCUCCAAGCAUUCACUUCCAUCUCACAGUAUAUAACAAUGCAUGAGGAUGUUUGCCGGGUAGCAUUAGAGAAUAGAGUUAACCUGGUGAUCCUGCCAUUUCACAAGCAAUGGGCAGUAGAUGGCAGCAUUGGGGCAGUGAACCGAGCUCUCCGGUCCAUGAACAAGAAUGUCCUUGAAAUGGCGCCUUGCUCUGUCGGAAUUCUCAUUGACCGGGGACUGCUAGCAGGGACGGUGUCAGUUCUAACCAGCCAGUAUAUAUUCCAUGUUGCUGUGAUCUUCAUUGGUGGUGCAGACGAUGCAGAGGCACUAGCCUAUGGUGCUCGCAUGGCAAGACAUCGGAGUGUGGAUUUAACAGUUGCCCGGUUGCUUCUCUUUGGUGAUGAAAACAGUAAAGAACGGAAGCGGGACACUGACCUGGUUGAUGAAUACCGGCUAGCUAAUGCAGACAAUGAGCGGUUUGUUGUCGUGGAAGAGCUGGUAAGAGAUGGAGCAAGAUUGUCUGCUGUUAUCAAAUCAAUGGUGGAUUGUUUUGAUUUGAUAUUGGUAGGCAUGCACCAUCAGGACUCCCCACUUCUUUCGGGGCUUGGUGAGUGGAGUGAGUGCCCAGAGCUUGGAAUCAUUGGGGAUAUGCUUGCUUCCUCGGAUUUUCAUUGCUCAGUUUCUGUACUAGUGUUGCAGCAACAGAGAAUAGGAGGGAAACCAGUUAGUCGGAAUCAACCAGUUGACAGAGAACCGCUAAUUCAGGAUGCACCACCUGAGGAAACAGUAAGAGGAUCCUGGACAAUUACAGUUAAUGAAUAGGAAAUAGAGUUUAGAAACUCUUCCUUUCUCAUAUUCUUCUUUUCUCUAUCAACUUAACCCCCAUUCAUUUUUCUGUAAAUGAUACCAUUUUGGGUUCUUUUUGUACUUUGUUUUUCAAGAGUAACAUAAUGUAAUUUUCCGAAGAAAAAGGAAAAAACAAAACAAAAUUCUUAACAAGCGAGUGUUAUUAACCAAAGAUGGAAUUUAUAUUCAUCACAUCUCUACAUACAUACUAGUACAUUCACAAAAAAACCUUUGAUAGAAAAUCAACUCCUCCUCCCCUUGCGGCAUAUGGAUCACCUGCAAAGUAUCAGUCUCUGAUAUUUCGAUUAGUUCAGUAACAUCCGGGGAGAAAUGUCCAAAUGUUGAAGAAAAAAUAUUUGCACG